UUAUAAACACAAUGUCAAAAUUAGAUGACCUGUUUGACAAAAAGAAGGAUGAGGCACCAAUGCUGGAUUUAUCGAAAGUGGUUAUCAAUACAGCCGACGAAUAUAGAGCAGUAUUGGAUAAAGUUCCCGACUUCAAGACUCGACCUGAAAAGGUUAGAACUGAAGAUAUCAAAAUAAAAGAUAGGAAAGAGGACCAAAAAACAAAAACACCAAAAAAAGAAAUAAGAGCGUAUGAGAAGUUAGGAACUCGAGGCUACGAAGAAACACAUUUCACAUUUAUGGAUCCGAUACCUGUAGAGAUGCAAGGGUUAAAAUUUGACGAUAUUUGUGCGGUGCCUAUCGAAUGGCGAAUGCUUACAUCAAUUCGUCCCAAAUCUAAACAAGAUGAAGAAUAUUUUAACAGGUUAAUUGAAUUGGGCAAAUCGGAGCUAAAAACAAAGGCUAAGGAGAAAAGGGAUCAAGCAAAAUUCAACAUGAUUAAAAAAACAAAGAACCGUGCAGGUGUAACAGAAACAAGAAUUAUCUCUUGUUCCGAAUGCGGAGAAGAAUAUUGUAAUGGUAAAAUGUGCGUGAUCACAAAUUACGAUAUGUUUGCCCGUUUGAAACUAGAAGUGGAGCCAAAAACGAGACGGGCCCAAGCCAGUCCAGCACAAGUUGGCAAACUGCGGCGAAAGAAGCGAGCACGGCGAAAACCUCGCAGCAAAAGUGCGGCGCCCCUAGCGGGCAGUCGGAAGCCAGCGAGCAGAAAACAUGGCACUCGAAGUGAUUCGGAGUUGUAAAAUUCACACUGUUUCUAAAGAUUAAAUAGAUGUAGUCACAGACUGACAUAUUAGUCCAAUGUUAAAAGCGGUAAAGUUCGGCUGGAGCUUGGACAUCUCAACUACUACACGAAUUUUGUAAAUGAUGUACAGUUAACGCGCGAGUUGAAUUCAUUCGUGACCUGGCGUAAAGAGCGGGAGCAAUUCCCUCCACUAUUCGCACGCCUCGCCACGCGCACCUACAGUAUACUGCUGUGCCGUAGUCGUCGCUUACAGUGUUAUCGCGAUACUAAUGUCCCGUGUUAUCUUUUUGAUUUGAAUAAAUACUGAACCCAGUCCCAUGAGAAUCCAUUCCAAAAAAAAUUAAUAAUAUUUUUUUCAUCAUUUCAACGCAGUGUAUGGUAAACUUGAAGUAUUGCUUAAAUUUAUCGACACACUCAUAAUUGUGGUCAUCGAUUAUAAUUAGGACACAGCACUAUCGCAUUCCUGAACUCUACAUUGAACUCGCGCUUAAUCUAUACUUAUUUCAUAACCUGAAUUUAAAAUAAGAAUUAGUCAGAAAACUUCACCAUUACGGUAUUCAAAAUAAAGCAUUGGACUUAACGACAUCCUAUUUAAAUUGUAGACUACAAAAGGUGGAUGUCAAUGGAAAGCGGUCCUCUGGAUCAAUAAUUAAAAUGGGGGCUCCACAGGAGCCCAUUUUAGGACCUUUUCUAUUCCUUAUUUAUAUAAAUGAUCUCCCGUAUAUUGCAAAGGAUAAAUAUCAAAUUGUGUUGUUUGCUGAUGAUACAUUACUCAUGUUUAAAAUACACCGUUGCUUACCAAAUUUUGAUGUUGUUAACAAUGCUUUAACUAAACUUGUACAUUGGUUUGAAGCUAAUAACUUGUUACUUAACGGUAAUAAAACGAAGUGCAUUAAAUUUACUUUACCUAAUGUUAAACAACUGUCAAUGGAUAUACAGCAACGAGAAAUUAGAUAUAGUUGAUACCGCUGUUUUUCUUGGAAUAACGCUAGAUGCCAAACUCCAAUGGGGCCCUCAUAUAGAAAACUUAUCGAAUAUUGAGAUUGUCACAGUGAGUUUCUUGCCACUUCUUCUUAUUAAAGCUCAACCCUCAAAGGCAGUGGAAUAAAAAGAAAAGUCAUUUCCUUGACCUGCAUGAAUAUAGUGAUUUUGAUUUGAUUACCCUAAGGGAUUGAGCUUUUGAUUUCUGUUAGUAAAAAUAUAAUAUUAAUAUAUAAUAUUAAUUACAAGUUUAAGCAGAAUUGUCAAAUUGUAAGUAGAGGUAUUUGGUGAGUAUUGCAUGAUAUGUAAUUAAGAUUCUUUUGUUGUUGUUUUCUUGAGUUUUCGUAACAGGUUUCGUCAUGCUCGCUUAAAUGUCACUGCUUGUGGCGGCGACAUGGGACGGGUCGUCCCCUUCCCUAAAAUAUGGUUGAGGGAGGCGAUGGCUGGCUCAUGCGUCAUGCUCGUGAACGGGCGCUGCUUGUGGUGGCAGGAUGAUCCUGUUU